GGCAAUAAAAAGAAGCUCGAGGAGGUUGUGGCGAUCUUAGAGGCGGGUCGCAAGCUGCCGUUCAGCGUGCAGCCAGCGGCGAUGGAAUUGCCGGAGCUGCAGGGCGAGCCUGAGGAGAUUGCGGCUGAAAAGUGUCGGCUGGCAGCCGACAAGCUGCAGGCGGCAGCAGUGAUGGUGGAGGAUACAUGCCUAUGCUUCAAUGCGCUGAACGGCCUCCCCGGCCCGUACAUCAAGCCAUUUUUAGAUAAAUUAGGGCAUGACGGGCUGAAUCGUCUGCUUGCUGGGUUUCCAGACAAAAGCGCCUCUGCCAUGUGUAGUUUUGCCUUUUGUAGAGGCCCCGGCAGUGAGCCCGUUGUGUUUGUUGGGCGCACAGAGGGGCGGAUAGUGCCGGCUCGCGGCAAAAAGGAAUUUGGCUGGGAUUGUAUCUUUGAAGUCGAGGGCUUUGGCCAGACGUAUGCGGAGAUGGACAAGGACCUAAAAAAUAGCAUCUCUCACCGCUACAGAGCUCUCGACAAGCUGCGGAUCUAUUUGCUGGAUGCACACUCACGGGGAGAGAUGAGAAGCGAAGAAGAGCUGAGAAGGUGA